CUUGCCUCUUGGAAAGUGCUGGCUAACGCACGAGAAUUUAUCCUUCUGGUUGACAGAGCAAGAGAAGAGAGACGGGGCCUCGUGGGUGUGGAAGUUCCCAGGCUGAUUCCCUGGCAUCUCUAGAUACGCCUAUAAAAGAAUCCUGUCUGAAAUGUUAGCACACCAGUCCGUUAGCGUCAACACCUCCUGUUCUCCAGAUGUCUAUAUCUCCUGCCUCCUUAAUUGAUGUGAACAACUUUGGGAGACAACAGCCUGAAGCCCAGGAUAAAAACCGCUGUAAACAAAUACGAGAGCUGGAUUGUGGCGCUCAGUCCACAGGAGCAUAAGGAAACCCAUAGAUAAUGGCAGCAAUUAACUAUUGAUUCAAGGAGCUUGCAAAAGUCAAAGUUUGCCAUUUUAAAACAACUCGCUGAGUGUAGAACUGAAUGUAUUGUAACUGCAGCAGAGGGCAGCAAAUUCCUUCUUCAGAAAGCAGGUGGUAUUCUCCAUCAUUGCUUGCUUUUUCUGAAUAGGGAAGUUUCUUUUGUAGGGUGGGAUAUAAGUUGUUGCUUCAAUUUGCUCAUACACUGAAGGAUAUCAGUGGACCUCUGGAAUUAUCUAAUUAUCACACUAAAGCAUUGUGCCAACUGGCCCUUUUUUGACUUUUUCUUGAUUAUUAAUUUAAUGCUGACUUGUCCACUGGGCUUCAUUUACUUCAGAUUCCCUGAGGUCUAGGGUUAAAAAUUCCUUUAGCACCAGGCUGGAGUUGAGUAAGAUUAUGACGACUUUUAAGUCUGUGGAACAACUCGGCCAUCCAUAGUAUUCAUCAUUUCCUUGCACUUCAGCUCUGUAGAUGACUGAGACAUUGAACCAGUGAACAUAAAUCCCAGCACAGUAUUAUGAGCAGUAACUGUGACCCAUUUUAAGGAUUGUCAGUGCUGCCAGUGCAAGCCUGGAUGGUUUGCCAUGGUAUAACGUAGCUCCCCAUGUGCGCCACAGAAUGCUUUUCAAGCUGCCUUAGAUUCUUAGGCUGAAUUAGAUGUUGGUCAGCUCUCAUAACGUUUUAGCACCCAGACAUACUUCUGAUUUUCGCAGAUAUUUUAGUCGUUCAGUUUCUUUCAGUUUUUAAAAAAGCUUACUGUAUUCUAAAUCUUUGAACUGCUACUAGAUUUUGUUUGGUUUUUAUGUUUCUUUACACACAAUACUCAAGUCUGCUUUUUGCAUUGGUUUUCUCUGCUCUGUAAAAAAGAUGAAAGCAUUGCCCUCUAGUGGCCAAACUAAAAAAAUCCUUUAUUUUCCCAAAGGUCCUAAACCAGUGACGGCAAACCUUUCACAGACCAAGUGCCUAAACUGCAACCCAAAACCCACUUAUUUAUCGCAAAGUGCCAACACUACAAUAAAACCUGAAAACUGAGGUUUUAGUUUAGAAAAAACACCUCACAGCCAGUCCAAGCAAAUAUAUAUAUAUACUUGACAGCACACUGGCCAUGCAAAAGUUGGGACAAGUCACAGCUAAUGAAUCGCGGCUUGUGACGUCGUCGCCUGGCACCACUUCUCCUUUCCAAGCAUGCGCAUGGCCCCUAUGUGCGCUGUUAUCCGAUGCUCUGCUGCUGGGGCGAUGCUGGGGUGACUUGGCUCACAUGGCGACAGAGAGGGCUCUGUGUGCCCUCUGUGGCGCGUGUGCCAUAGCUUUGCCACCACUGGCCUAACCCUACACUGGUGCAUUCCCCUAACCCUAAUAUAGGGGUAAAAUACCCUUGAAAGGGGUGAUUUUGAAAAGGCCUUCCUUGAGCAGCUUUUCCUGCACUGCUCAACAUUUCUGCCCAUUCUAAACACAUUCCAACCAUCAAAAUCAUACCGGGACACCUCAUUUUAAUAACCCUCACCCAGUGAUGGUGAACCUUUUAUAGACCAUGUGCCCAAACUGCAACCCAUAACCCACUCUGCAAACCAUGUUCUCCCACGUAAAAGUAUGCUUACGUCUCAGUGAUUUUAACUACACAUUUACCUGAUGGCUGAAGUCUAAUGCUGCUUCUGAUGAAACUCACUGCAGUAAUAACUUCAUGCAUCUGCAGUUUUUCUUAAAUCACUCAAAAACAGCAAAAUCUGAGGAAUCAGCUGUGUUUUGUUAACGGAGAUGCAAAUUAGUACACGGCUUUCAUUUUGAAAGGCAAAUUUAAAGGUUUUCCCAUGCUUCAGUUUUUUUGGAUUCUGGAUAUGUUUAUCAUUUCAUAGUGGAAAACAUGUUCAAAUGUAUCUGUUACAAUUUUGCCCAUGUGUUGUAUCUUUUUAUAUGGUCUUCUUCAUGCAUAGUGCUAAUCCGCCCUGCAAAUAAGCUACACAGUGCAGUUUGCACGACAGACAGUUGGCCUGACUGUGCCUUCUCUCCUUCCCUGUUGUUUUUCCAGCUUAGUAUCCUGGUGUCCUUUGAGACAGAACCUGUUUUAUCUUUCUCUCCCUGCUCUGGUAGUUGCCCCUUUUUAUCUGCUGCUGCUGCUCUUGUGUUGAUACUACUUUCAGAGCUUCAGAAAUGCAAAACUGGGGUCAUAUUUUUUUUUCAACCCCAGAAAACUGCACAACUGUAUUUGUAAAUUUUUUAUUUUAUUUUGUCAGUUGGUCUUUUGCUUUGAGGCUGUAGCCUUUCCCAGUCAGUUUCCUUGUAUGUUUUAGCUGUCAAAAGGAGCAGUGAAUUGGAGUAGGUAACGUACAUGGAAACAGACCUCUUCUGCAACUGUACAACUAUAACUGGGAGUACAGGCUGCUUAAACCAUGUUUGACUUACCUUGCCCACUUUAUUAUGAAUCAGGUGGCAUAGUAAAGCAUGUCUGAAAAGGAGCAGUUCAUUUGCCCAGAGACAGAGAUUUAGCAAAGGCACUGAGACUAUAAUGCCAUCCCUGCUGCAUAAUAACCUCUUUAAGAAUCAGGCCAUUGAGGCACAGAAGAAAGGCUUGCCUUCUGCCAGCCCUUCUGCAUUUUUAUCCGUCUUUCUUCUGCAUUGCCUUCUGCAUUUAUUUUAUCCAUCUCCAGAUCCUACAUGAUGAAGUUGCGGUCACUCUCAGGCAGUUUGUUUACUUGUGUCAGUGUGGUAUAAAUUCGGCAUUCUUGCUGUUGUGUCAAACCUCUUGCCCGUUUGUGAAGAUGUAAACAACAUUUGAGUUUGCAGCUUUCUGUACCAUCACAGGGAGUCUUAAUAACUGAUACCAAUAGUACAAACAAGCCAAGGGAUGUUUUAUGCUUCAGCCUAGUGUUUAAGUUAUUUGUACAGACAGGAAUGAGAAUCAGCCCUGUUUAGGUUUGUGCAUGCUUAUUGAAUCCUGCGUAAUGAAAGUACACAUACAUGUGUAGAAUUUAGGCGUGGCAUACCAUAUUAUAUGCUGUAUGGACCAUAAUUAAAUGUGGCUUGGCCCAUGGUCAGGUGUAAUUUUGUACAUUGUUUUCGUAUGAUAGCAAAAUAAAGUGUUUUUGAUGGCAUACUUUUAGCAGCAAGUUUCAGGUAUAAACAUUUUCUCUACAUGCUAACAUUGUCUUUUUCAGUGAAGAGUUUAUUAUCCAGUUCUGCCCUUCACAUAUCAGUAUUUGCUUGAAAGCAGUGUCUGGAAUUUCCUCUUCUCUUUGUGGAUGAAUUUGAAGAUUAUGUCUAUGAGAUUCCUGAAAGUGUGUUUUGGUCUGACACUUAUCUGUACCAUAUUAAUGAUAUGCUAUAUAGCAUUCCCCUCCCACAUUGUGAUAGACUCUAAAGAUUGGGCGUAUUUUUAUGACUAUGAAGCAGCCCACAAGCAGAACUUCCUCUUCACACUACCCGAGCAAUUAAAAUGUGAAGGCCACAAUCCAUUUCUGGUUCUCUUGGUGUCUUCAGCACUGGUGGAUGUAAAGGCAAGACAAGCCAUUCGGAUAACAUGGGGCUCUCAGAAAUCUUGGUGGGGGAACCAAGUUCUGACAUUGUUUUUAGUGGGCAAAGGAACAGAGGACACUGUUACUGAAGCCUUAUCCAUAGAAGAUGAAAGCAUUCUUUAUGGAGACAUUAUUCAACAAGAUUUUGUUGACAGUUAUGAUAAUCUUACCUUGAAGACCAUAAUGGCAUUCAGGUGGCUUACAGAAUUUUGUUCCAAUGCUCGGUAUGUUAUGGAGACAGAUGCGGAUGUUUUCAUCAAUGUGGGCAACUUAGUAAAGUUGCUGCUGAAUUCAAAUGCCUCAGAAAACUUAAUUACUGGCUACCCUUUAAUAGAAAACCAAGUGUACAGAGGAUUUUACACAAAAAACUUUAUUUCUUAUGAUGAAUAUCCAUUCAAGGUGUAUCCUCCAUACCUCAGUGGAUUCGGUUAUGUCCUUGAUAUGAGAUUGGCACGCAAAGUUUAUGAAAUGAUGAGCCAUGUCAAACCUAUAAAAUUUGAAGAUGCCUAUGUUGGUAUAUGUUUAAAAAUACUUGGUGUGAACAUCACUAUUCCUGCUGAUCCAGAACUGUUCUUUUUAUAUCAAAUUAACUUUGAUGUUUGCAAGUACAAGCACUUGAUUGCAGUGCAUGGGAUAUCUCCGGAGGAAAUGAUUACAUUCUGGCAGAAAUUAACAAAGGAGACUUCAGUUUCUUGCCACUGACCCCACAGUAUUUUAAAGAACCCAGGCACUUGAAGCCUGAUUACUUUCCUUUAGAUAAGGCAUUGGCAGAACUUUGAGGGUUGGAUUGGCUGAAGUGCUUUUACUACUGUAACAUGUGCUCAGUAUGGACAUUUGUAAAGCUAGGAAAUAGGUUUUUUAAUCUUCAGUUCACUACAGUAUACCAGACAUAGACAUGCACAUAUUGGACAUUCAUGAGGGCCAGUUAUCAUUUUGAUAUUCUGCCUUUCUAGAAGAACAUUAGCACUGAAGUUAUAUGCAUCUGGCUGCUUGUUGCUUGUUGUUUGGAACCAGCAGGAAUGUUCAUGGUAACUUCUGGCCCCCUGCCCCCCCCCCCCCCCCGUGUUCCUCAUUCACUGAACAUACUACUCACCAAUUGCACAUCCAGGGUAGAAAGAAGGUAACACAAAGUUCCUGGCAGAGUUGCAAGAGGAGGAACAGUUCUUGGUCCCAGGCUAUUUAGUGCAGGGACUUAGCUGUGCCCCCUUGUUGCCAGCAAAUACUCUCUCCCACCCCGCCAAUUUCUGCAUUCAAAUUUUUGCUAGUAGCUAGAAAAAUAAUCUGUAUGCAGAUUGCUGUGAUGAGUUUUUGCAUGUGUAUGCAUAAAUAUAUGUGUAGUCCCUGACCAGCAUUACCUUGGAUCCAAAAAUGUUCUGUACUCAUAUUUAGGGCUUUAAAAAGCCAGGAUCUUGAAUUCAGUCCAGAAACAGACUGACAGACAGCAAAUUUGAUCAAGUGCUAGAAUUAUACAAGGCACUCUGCUGGUUUCAGGAAAAGCCCUGGGGCCACAUUCCUGACUUCUUGGAAGUUUCUGUAUUGAAUUCAAAGGCAGUCCAGAAUACGCUGACGAUGGCAGAAUGGAAUCUGGAGACCAUGUUCAGCUUCUCUGGAAGAGGAUGCAACUUAUGCACCAGCUGGAAUUGGCAAAAAGCACCCAAGGACACCAUCACCUGGGCAUCCAGAAGGAGGGCAGGGCCCUGCACACUGCUUCCGAAGGAGAAGGUUCUUCCUGAACACCACACAGCAUUCUUGUGUUCUUCUUCUGUUUUUAUAAUGUGACUCUGCUAUUUUUGUUUUUGUUUUACCAUUA